AUGGGUUCAACAAAAUCUUUUCGGUAUGAAGUUCUCGUGUAUCCUCAAGCUCAACCGAAUGCAAUGACUUCCUCUAAUUCGGUUUCUCAGCCUUCCUUGCAAACACAAUAUCAAAGGUUUACAUGUGACAGGGAAAAUAUGCAGCAAUAUUGGAUUCCUGAGGGUUUCUAUCCCGUUCUAGUUCCUCGUGCUUGCUUACAGUCUAGCUUAUCUGCUGCGAAUAAUGACAAUACUCGGCAAAUAAUGACUACAUCCGCUUCAGCCGGUAAUGCUCAAAUGUUAUCUAAUAGCCCUUCUAAUGUUAAUGUACCUUCAAGGCCGCUUCAACCAAGGACUGCCGCUGCUACCCCUAAUAUAAUUAUUGAUGGUAGUGGUGUGAUGACUUCACAACCCAUAAAAAGACGUCGUCCUGCAAAAGACCAGAUCAUUGCUCCUAGGUUACCUCCAAGGUCAUUAAAUGCUCAAGCGCUCUAUUACUUUCAAAAACGUAGGGAAUUAAUAGAAAAUAGAUCUUUUAUCACUUCUACAAAUGGUUCAAAUGUUUCGCUGGGUGCUGUUCCUAAUCAUCCUUCAAAAACUAUUGAACAAAUGUGGCAAGAAGAACCAGACAAUGUAAAAAGACAUUACGAUCGACUUGCUCUACGAAUAAAAAUUGAACAAGCUCUUUUAUCAAGGGCACACAAUAACAAAAAACGUUAUCAACCAUAUAAUAUAGACCGAAAUGUCACCUCUUUGGAAGGUUCUUCAUCACGUGUUUCUCGUUCACGUCAUUUGCAGAGUACAAUGAUGAACUCUAUGAACAUUACGAAUAAUAACAAUUGCAGUUCUUUAAAUAGAAGCUUUAAUGUUUCAUUAACAGAAAACCUUAACGAUAAUGCGUGUAAUACCUUACCUCCUUCCUCACAAGGCUUUACACAAAGUCACGUGUUAACUUUGGAUACAUCCCCGGUUUCUUCCUGCCGGAGUGUUCGAAACAAGGAUGCUAGUAACAGUGUAGGAAAUGAUUGCACAUCUUCGUCCGAAAACGAAGAAUCCGACGAAAUUUUCGAUUCCCACAACGAUUUAAUGAACGCCGACAAUCC